AGUGCUAUCGAAGCACUUUCUGCUUGCUCACAGGGAGAGACUUACAGUGUGAGAAUGUUUACAAAUUAAAAAAGCCGGCAUUUGUUGUUUUAAAUGUCACGGUGAACACUGCUCCACACAUGCAUAUACACAUUUGAGCGUAUUACUGUUUCUUUAUUCUAUGUGGCAGAGCGACAGACAGAACUUCAGUCCUCAACGACCACAACAAGUGCAAGCAGCAGCAUUCGCCAACGCUAACUGGCUUUGUUCGCUGUUCCCCACACAAAAUUCCAAAUUAUUUAAACAACAACAAAGUGUGUGCCUUUUAAGUAAUCAGCCAUGGCAACAAUCCAAAUGACCAACGAACAACUGCGUGAGCUCAUCGAAGCCGUUCGUGUGUCUGCCGUCAGCGCAGCUGGCAACGCUGCCGCUGCUGCUGCCAAUGGCGAAGGAUCCACUUCCAAGACAAAGGGCAGCUUCAGCAACUGUAGUCAUCGAUUUGGCGGAGCUCGCAAACACGACGAGGUUGAAGAAUUCAUCACAAAUAUCGUCACAUAUAAGGAAUUGGAGGACAUUUCAGAUGAGAAUGCAUUGAAGGGUAUCUCGUUGCUUUUUUACGGCAUGGCCUCCACUUGGUGGCAGGGCGUACGCAAGGAAGCCAAGACCUGGGAAGACGCAAUCGGGCUCAUCCGCGAACACUUCUCGCCCACCAAGCCCGCCUACCAGGUCUACAUGGAGUUCUUCGAGAAGAAGCAAGAAGAUAGCUAUGCCAUCGAUACAUUUGUCGUCGAGAAACGGGCACUCCUCGCUCAGCUGCCUGAGGAUCGCCACGAUGAGGAGACUGAGUUGGAUUUCUUGUAUGGUCUGCUGAAUAUUAAGUACCGCAAGCACAUCUCCCGUCAAAGUGUCCAAACGUUCAAGGAUCUGCUCGAACAGGGCCGCAUCAUUGAGCACAAUAAUCAGGAGGAUGAGGAGCACGCAAAGGGUCCGCUACGUGGUGCACGUCGCGUUGAACGCUGCACCUACUGCAAUUUCCGUGGACACACUUUCGACGUCUGCCGCAAGCGGCAACAGGCGCGGCAGGACGCCAACAACGAGGCAGAGUAAAAGAUGCACACACACAUGAGACAUGACAUCAUCGACUACAACAACAACAACAACAAGAACAGCGCCUCUGUCAUCGUCUCACCAAUACACGCUCACUUUGUCGCGUCGGCUGACACAUGGCCAAGAAUGAGAGAGAGAGACAAAGCUUUCGCAGCAGCAUUUCGAACUCUCAAUCAGCGCCAAGUGGCGUGCCGGCAAACAGAGCAGAGCUUUAACAACACCAAACAUAGUCGACAUUUCGAUGUCGAAAUUUAUACUUCACGCUGCGCAUGCGGCUAUUUCGGCUCCGAACGCCGCAAUUGAUUGCAAUUUACUACUUUUUGAACAAGCAACCGGUGAACAUAGUUCACCAAACCCGAGUGACUGGAAACAGAGAGGAGUCCGGCGCACACAUUCCGCACCCAGGCAAAGGCGUUGCGUUUUGAUGCAGCGUAGCAGCGAGGCGGCGACUUCGACCAGCAGAGCUUUUUCGCUGUCGUUCUUUGGAACGGCAGCAGAGACAGGCUUUGUGGGGCGAUCGUCGGCGUUAUCUCUGCCGCGUCUGUAUCGAGGCGCAGCGCCUGGGGCCGUGUUCGGUGUUGUAUGUGCCCUGCCCCCCGCCGCUUCCACGUCGCUCAAAAACCGCUGCCUUGACCUAGUGCCAUUGCUGCGCAAAUGUAGACGCGCACGAGGCGCUCAAGUUGACGGAUUGAAAGCGCUGCGCCGGCCUCGGCAGGCGCAGUGAAUGAUGUCGGCGCUUGUGUGCUGAGUUCGCGACUGCAGGUGCUGCUUGUGUUGGUCCUUAGUCAAUGCGGCAAAACAAAAACACGUCCAUGGGAAUUUUCAGUAGUUUGCUUUGCGUGACGCAAGAGCGCAGAGAGAGAGGUCAAUUCCAUACUGAGGCAAAUUCACACUGGCAACACUCGGCAGUGUGUUUCGGCGCAGUGCAGCUUUGUCGCCAACUGUGAAUAUGCCUGGUGUGGCGUUGACUGACUCUCUGCAUUCUUGCGUCUGGCGCGACAGUAGCUGCUGCGAAUUGGUCGUGGACAAAACUAAAUUUCCCUUGAGGAAAUUUAAACAACAACAAACCACUCUUUCAUAAGACCUUUUUAGGUCUAGUGAUUAUUUGAACACAUUGCACUACGAUGGCUAUGCAGUCGCCAUUCGUGCAAUUGGCACGCCAAGUUGUCAGUUGCUGGCUUCUUUGCUCCUUCGUGGAUCAUCGCCAUGCAACGGCAAGCGUUAGGCACGCCAGCUACCUCUCUCACACACGCACACACAGGGGCUUUGGAUUCGUCGCUUCUUUGUUGCUCCAGCUUGUUGGCGACUGUCGCAAAGCCCCAAAUUAUUUGUAAAUCAAGUCUCUUGUGCAGAAUCCUUAGGCGCGUAGUGCCACCUUUCUCCCAAAACAUUGGAUAUCCAUUCCAUUAUCGUGGCCAUUUUUGUUGUAGCGCGCGCGCCAGUAUUUUCGUGGAGCAAUUUGGCCGCCAUGGACGCAACAACAACAAUCGCUCGCAUUCCUCGAUGGGAUGUAGUGCCUCCCCCAUGACUGAGGCAACUGCAUUCACAUCAAGCUCGGGGCCUAUCGAUGACCACAAGAGACUGUGAUACACAGAAACCAAUUAAAUUGUAAAGACUGAAACCAGAAAAAAAUUACAAAAUCAAAUCAAA